CCGUUGCCAUGGCGGCAGCGUCCUGCGGGCGGGAGCAGGGAGCGAGCAUGGCCGCCCUGGCCCGGCUUCAGGAGAGGCUGGAGGGACUCCGGGAGGAGUAUUUCCUCACGAACAGAGCUAUAGAUGAAGACAGAAAAAGAAAGUACAAAGCUGCUGUCAAGAUCCAGCGCUGGUUUCGAGCAUGCAGAGUACAAGUCUGUCUGAGACAUCUGACCAAAAUGGUGAUUUUGAUACAGAAGUGGUGGAGAGGUUAUCUAAGAAGAAAACACUUCAGAGAAAUAGUGGAGAGAGCAUAUUUUAUUAAGAAGCUGAAAUUCUACAAUGAAAUGGCUGUCAGGAUCCAGAAAACAUGGCGAGGCUACUACGUUCGGAAGUAUAUCCAUAAUUUUUAUGCGCUGAAGAAAUACCUGAAAGCUGUUUCUAUGAAUAAUGAGUUUGUCAGGCAUGAACUUCAAGAGUACACAGAAAUGAAGGAAAAUGAAGAGAAAAUGAAAGACCUAGAAAAGAAAGACAAGGAAAAGAAAUACCAAGCCCGAAAGAUGCAUUACCUCCUUAGCACUAAACAGAUUCCAGGCAUCUACAAUUCACCACUCAGGAAAUCCCCAGAUCCAAUGGAACUGCUGCUACAGAAGUCAAAGCCACUGACCCACAGAAAGCAGCCAGUGAAGAGCCCCUUUGCUGAUGAGCUCUAUGGAUGGCCAACAUGUAAAGAGCCUCCAGCUUUUGUCACAUCACUGCCUCUGCUACAUGCUGACAGACGGAAACCUCAGGGGCCUUUCCGUGAUCCUGCUGAAGUGCUGCGGCAGCGCUACAAGCCUUUGGAACCAACCCUGCGAGCGAGAGAAUCAAUGUACUCAGCACCAGGCAAGGCCAGAGAGCCAACACGAAGGGAGGAAUGGAGAAAUCCCAUCCAUGACAAUGAAUUUCUGCCAUUUUCUUCAUAUCAUAAAAAUUAUGAGAAGUAUGAGCCAUCACUUUUUAAGUCAGACAAAUAUGGCCAAGAAGCUUAUGGAACUAAAUAUUUCAGAGAAGUAUAUCCUAAGAAGUGGAUAGCAGACAAGGACUUUGAAACACUGUUUCCAUCAAUUGCUCUCUUUGAAAAGUUUGGAAAAACUUACUCCAGCACUGGGCAAAUAGUGUAAUUGUCCUGGAGACUGUAAAGGUUGAGACCCAUGAAAAGUUGUCAAUAAAUGUAUUUCAGAAAAUACAUGGCAACAUGUUGACUGAAUGUCUCAUAAAAUAUGCUUUUUGUUAUGUCUACUGUGUCUGAAGUAAUUUUAAUUGAUUUUUCUUGAACUUUAGGUAAUAUGGCUUCCAAGAUUUAUCAAAAAUGAUAUUUUUUAAAAAAAAGUAUUAUCUUAAAGACAUUAUUUCUGAAACUGCUGUAUUUUAUUUAGUAUAAAUAAUUUAGGAUAUAAAACCAGAGUCACCAAGUAAAAUACUCAGAACCACACUUAUUUAUUACAUAUUUUUAAGUGAAGUUCACACUAAAAAAGGAAAACAUUUAGAUCUCUCUCUUUUUUUCUUUUCCCACAACUAUAAAUGUAUCUGGUUCAUCACUGCUGUUCAUCAUCUUCAGUGUUAGGUAUCCUUGACUGAUCCGUGACUUCAGAAGUGCAGGCUAUGCUUUUAAUGGAAGAUACCAUAUUAUUUUAAAUCCUGUUAGCAUUUCUGUGGGUGAAAGGACUUCAGUUUUGAAAAAAAAAUAAAGUUCUGAAAACAUA